GCUGUAACAUUUCUCUCCCAACGACCUAUCCAUCAAACAGCUCUCCCUUCUCUGUUCUGUUCUGUUCUGUUCUUUCUUUUCUCUGAAAUACACACAUAUCGAUGGAGACAAGUUCGUAUGCAGCAGCGAAGCCCGCCAACUUGUGGGUCUUCACCCUCCCAGCCUUUCUUGGCUCCGAGCAUCUUGUCGUCGACGCCUAUGCUUUGCUGUCCAUCUUUAUCACCUUUCUCUCUAUUGGCCUUCUCUCCUGGGCAUUCUCUCACGGCGGCCACGCCUGGAAAAAUGGCCGGAACUCUAGAGGACGAGUUCCUAUCCCUGGUCCCCGUGGUCUUCCUGUGUUUGGGAGCUUAUUCACCUUGAGCCGUGGCUUAGCUCACCGGUCCCUCGCCGCCAUGGCUUGGGCUCGGGACAACACUCAGCUCAUGGCUUUUAGCCUCGGCUUGGCUACUCCAGUUGUCGUGGCUUCUGAUCCCACCACUGCCCGCGAAAUUCUGACCUCGCCUCACUUCGCCGACCGCCCUCUCAAGCAGUCGGCGAAGAGUCUCAUGUUUAGCCGGGCCAUCGGCUUCGCUCCGAAUGGAAGUUACUGGCGCCUUCUUAGGAGGAUUGCUUCGACCCACUUGUUUGCACCACGGCGUAUCGUAGCCCACGAAAAAGGACGCCAGUUUGAGUGCGCCGCCAUGCUGUGCAACAUAGCAACCGAACAGACGCAAAGGGGAACGGUUUCUCUUCGGAGACACCUCCAAGCUGCGUCUCUCAACAACAUCAUGGGCAGCGUCUUCGGCAAACGAUAUGAUCCAUCGAUUGAGAGCGAAGACCUGAAACAUCUCAAGGACAUGGUUCGUGAAGGUUUUGAGCUUCUCGGUGCUUUCAACUGGUCUGAUUACCUUCCAUGGCUUAGCGCUAUCUAUGACCCACAUCAUAUAAACGAACGCUGCUCGAAACUGGUUCCUCGUGUCAGGAAAUUCGUCGGAUCCAUCAUAGAAGAGCACCGAGCCGCCAAGUCUAGCAACCCCUCCGAUAACGAUGAUUUCGUCGACGUUUUGCUCUCCCUAGAAGGAGAAGACAAGCUGGAGGAAAAUGAUAUGAUCGCUGUGUUGUGGGAAAUGAUAUUCAGGGGGACAGAUACGACGGCUCUUCUAACCGAGUGGGCAAUGGCUGAGCUGGUGUUGCAUCCGAAGGUCCAGGAUAAGCUUUACGAGGAAAUCUACCGGAUUGUUGGGGACGAUGGGGUCGUCACGGACGCCGACGUGGCGAGAAUGCCGUACUUGCAAGCGGUGGUGAAAGAAUCACUGCGAGUUCAUCCACCUGGUCCACUCCUGUCGUGGGCCCGACUGUCCACGUCGGACGUCCACUUAAGCAACGGGAUGGUGGUUCCCGCCAACACAACCGCCAUGGUGAACAUGUGGGCCAUCACGCGCGACCCCCGCUUAUGGGACGCCCCGCUGGAAUUCUCGCCGGAGAGGUUUCUCGAGAGCGAAGGUGGCGCUGACGUGGACGUCAGGGGUUUGGAUCUGCGGCUCGCACCGUUCGGGGCGGGACGGAGGGUGUGCCCCGGGAAGAACCUCGGGCUCGUGACGGUGUCGCUGUGGGUGGCGAGGCUGGUUCACCGUUUCAAAUGGGUCCAGGAUCCGGCUCGACCCGUUGAUCUCGCCGAGGUUCUAAAACUGUCCUGCGAAAUGAAGCACCCACUGCAUGCGGUAGUUGCGGAAAGAAGGGUUGGUUGAACUUGAAUCUCUCGGGUCACUUAAUGACGUGUUUGGAGAAUUAUGAUUAGGAUUAUUAUAAGAGGUUUGGCUAGGUAGUUAAGUUUACUGGUUAUUAUCAGAAUUUUAAUUAUAAUAUAUGCAAUUUGUAUAUGCUUUUGCGAAGCAGCUUUUGAACUAAAACUGCUAGUAUCUGAUGUGAACGCAUGUAUAACUUCUAUAAUUCCGAAGUUUGAGUUUCCA